AUGGACUCCUUGCUUAACCAACCUGUUGUCAUUGACAAUGGUUCUGGGUCUAUAAAAGCUGGUUUUGCCGGUGAAGAACAGCCAAAGCAUACAGCUCAAUCGGUCAUUGGGUGGCCAAAGUACUCGAAAGUUAUGGCUGGUGCUCUAGAAGGUGACACGUUCAUUGGGAACUCUGCAGAGGCACACAGAGGGCUGCUGAGGCUGCAAUACCCCAUGAGACACGGUGUUGUAACACAUUGGGACGAUAUGGAGAAGAUCUGGCAUAGUGUGUUGACCCAGGAGCUGAAGAUAGUGACAAGUGACCAUCCUGUGUUAUUAACUGAGGCUCCCUUGAACCCCAAGAGCAAUCGAGAUCGUUGUUGUGAGAUCUUCUUUGAAACGUUUAACACACCGGCGCUGUACCUCUCAAUACAGGCAAUACUAGCGCUUUAUGCAUCUGGACGAACCACUGGGGUUGUCUUGGAUAGUGGUGAUGGAGUCACCCAUGUUGUCCCUGUGUACGAUGGCUUCAGUCUUCCAGGUUCUAUAAAGCGAAUGGAUAUUGCCGGGAGAGAUAUCACUGACCAAUUACAACUCUUGAUGCAGAAGAAUGGAGUAUGGUUACAGACAAGUGCUGAAAGGGAAAUCGUCAGAGAAAUAAAGGAGAAGUUCUGUUACGUGUCAAAGGACCCUAAAGCUGAUGAAAAUGACUGGCUUAUGAGGGCGCUUUCGAAGCCAGUGCAAACAGGAGAUGAAGAGGAGUCUACCACUAUGUAUAAAUUACCAGAUGGACAGGUUAUCACUCUUGGCGCAGAGAGGUUUAGAUCACCAGAGAUCUUAUUCCGGCCUGACAUUGUUGGAUCUGAGUGUCCGGGCAUUCAUGAGUUGUUGUUUGAAUCUAUUCAAAAAGUUGACAUUGAUCUUCGAAACGUGUUGUACCAGAGCGUCGUGUUGAGUGGGGGCACCACAAUGACUCGAGGAUUUGGUGAUCGUCUGAUAAAUGAGAUGAAGUUGCUAACUACAAAGGGAACAAAGAUAAAGAUCCUGGCUCCUAGUGAGAGGAAGUUCAGCACAUGGAUUGGUGGAUCUAUUCUUUCAGGGCUAAGUACCUUUAAAAAGAUGUGGGUUUCUAAACAAGAAUGGGAGGAGAAUCCUGACAUUGUACAUACCAAAUGUCUAUAAGUUAAUUGAGAUGAAAAGGCUGUUC